AUGGCUCCCAAGUAUCCCGAGUUUGAGCCAGAGGGGGAUAGCUUACGACGAUGGAUGGAGCGUGCCGAUGAGCCCGGGUGCCCUAUUUCUAGGACUACGCUUACUCUCUCAAACAUGGAUUCUGGCGUCUGGUAUAUCCUUGCCCACCCGGAUCCCCUUACAGACAAGUGGGAGUAUUGGGCCAAUACUUUGGGGCUAACAGUUGAUGGCCCACAAAACAUACAGGAACCUAGCUAUCGAUUCCAAUCGGUUGUUAAAGCCACAGGCGAGCCUACAUAUUGGAUUGGGCGAACGGGACCAGGCGUGAUAUUCAUAGAUAAUAUCAGGAGAGCAGAUGAUCCCACGAAUUUUUACAUGUCCGAGUUUGCCAAGGCUUUCUAUGAGUCGCAUUUUCCCUUGGAAAGCCUGAAGUAUGUCUUUAUUACUACUAUUGUUCAAGAGAGCACCAUGCCCUUUCUUCGAGAUCAUAUUUACCUAUCCCGGGAGGGGCUUGAGUUUCCGCCCAAGGAGCCACAAACGUGGGAGUCUCCUUCGCCGGAGUUUUGCGGUAUUCUUGGAACUCCUAUUGGUAAAGUUGUCGCGGCCCUUGUCUUGUGUACAUAUGGUCAGGGUGUCAAACGCAUUCCACGCAUUGUGUCAUUCCAUACCGGCAACCACCGGUGUGAAUAUAACCUUCGGUUUGAUAUUGAAGAUGUCUAA